UUCUUCGCACCGCGAUUCUGCAUCUUCUUCCCAAGUGAAGGCUUCUUCUUCGCGUUUCUGCUUUUUCUUCAUCUUUGUUGCCGGGAUCAAGUGGAAAACUUCUUCUUCGUGUUUCUGCUUCUUCUUCAUCUUCGUUGCCGCCAUUGUUGUCGGGAUCAAGUGGAAAGCUUCUUCUUCGCGUUUCUGCUUCUUCUUCAAGAUCAUGGUUAGGACUAGAGGAUUAGGUCGUGCCUUAGGUCAGGUCACUGGCAGAGGUGUGGGCAGAGGAGAUUGUGAUGAUUCCGAUGAUGCUUCGCAGCGUCAACGGCCUACUGCAUCCGCACGGAGGCAGCGAGUCGCUAUGACUGUGGAUCACGUUGAUGAGCCAGUCAUCCCUACGCUAGAUGUUCAGGAUGACCCGAUGGAGGCAGCAGCUGCUGUAGAGGACAUUCCUGCGGACACAGGCGCAGAGGCUGUUGAGGAUGAGCAUCAGGGAUUUCCGGGUGGUCCGAGUGACCCAUCCGUGUUGACCCUGUAUGCGGAUCACGUUGCUUGCAGCGUAUGGACGGGAGAGGUAUUUAUACGAUUUAUUUUUAGUUACUUGUAA